CUGUCGAAAAUGGCGUCAAGCUCGGAGCUGCCAGAAUAUUCGUCCCCAGCAAAACGACGAAAAGUCGACGGCAUCGGUUACAACGGUACCAGUAGUGUGAAACCUGAUUUCCAAGAUUGCGAGACGUCGCAUAAUACCCCAAAUGAAGAUCUCGAAGAGACUUAUGGAGGAGACAGUGGAUUCAAUGAAUUAAGUGAUGAAUCUAAAUCAGCUUCUGUAUCUCCUGAUGUUACAAACUUAAUGACUAUGCCAUCUCGAAUUGAUUCAACUAGUGACGACACUGGUUGUCUAAUCGACACUGCAGAUGAGAAGGAUGAAGUGUCAUCGACAGUUUCAAAUUUGUCUGACUUAUCUGGUCUUUCUGACUUCUCUGGGGAGGGAGAUAUCAGCCAUCAGUGGAGGAACGCAUCUUCGUGGGUUCAAAAACAAAUGUUAAUAGGUGCAGAUCCUCGAGAUCUUUUACAUCACCUUCUCAUGGAUUCUACUCAGAUACCAGAGCAGGUUGAUGAUCUGACCCUUUGGAAAAUUAUAAUAAAUAUGAUGUCGGAACCACCACGCCGACAAAAAUUAAGGCACAUAAAUACUUUAACAGAUGUUGUUAGGCUGAUACGUAAUAGUAACCGAAUCAUAGUAUUAACUGGGGCAGGUGUAAAAAAAAAUUUUCGAAGUAGGGAUGGUAUUUACUCCAGAUUAGCUCAAGAUUUCCCAGAUUUACCAGAUCCACAGGCCAUGUUCGAUAUUAACUAUUUCGGCCAAGAUCCGAGACCAUUUUACAAAUUUGCACGAGAAAUUUAUCCAGGGCAAUUUAAACCGAGUCCUUGCCAUAGGUUUAUAAAAAUGCUUGAUAAACAGAAGAAACUUUUAAGAAAUUAUUCACAAAAUAUCGAUACGUUGGAACAAGUGGCUGGCAUUGAAAAUGUAAUUGAGUGUCAUGGCUCCUUCGCGUCUGCAUCGUGUACGAGGUGUAAAUAUCAAGUAAAAGCUGACGAUAUUAGAGAAGACAUAUUUGCUCAGAGAAUACCAUUGUGUCCGAAGUGCAGAGUUAAUAAUUUGCCUCCUAUAUCAGAGCUAAAUCCAAAUGAAAGUUACAAAGAUUUAGUGACGCAGGGCAUAAUGAAGCCAGAUAUCGUUUUCUUUGGCGAGGGACUUCCGGAUGCUUUUCAUGAUGCAAUGGCCAAAGACAAAGAUGACUGUGAUCUUUUAAUCGUAAUCGGAUCAUCGUUAAAAGUCCGGCCGGUAGCAUUAAUACCUUCCUCUAUUCCGUCUCACGUCCCACAGAUCCUCAUUAAUCGCGAAUCGCUGCCACAUUUGAAGUUUGACGUUGAACUCUUAGGAGACGGCGAUAUUAUUAUAAAUCAGUUGUGUCAUUUAAUGGAAGAUUGUUACAAGGAAGUAUGUUGGAACGAUGCAAUCCUGAAGGAAACAACGCAACUUUUACCGGUGCGUUACUUAUCGGAUGAUACCUGGGAGCAAAGUCAAGACACAAUAUCCAAUGCCAUGUUAUCCCGAGAUAAUAUGGAGACUGAUUUUAAACAGCAUGAUUCGUGUUCCGUUGGAAGUCAAGACAGUCUUAUGAUUCAUAAGAAUAUCGUAGAAGAACACCUAGUAAAUGUGAACAGGUGUGUUUCACCUUUCUGUAGCGAUCAUACGAACAGCAUCGAAGAGAAAUGCAGCUUGUUGGGGGAGAGUCCUAAAAGAAGGUUGGGCGAGUCAAGCGCGGAAAGCAGUCCGAAAAGAAUGAACUUUGGCAGCAGUUGCGCAUCGUUUAACGACUUUAACUCAUGCUCUUCGAAAACAGAGACUAUUUCGGAUGGUUCACUCGACUAUAAAUAUCAUGCCGUUCCUAUGGAAUCAACGUCGAAAGAUAGUGGGAAAAUUUACAAUUUAGAAGAAUGUCAAGUAUUUCCAAGAUUAAUAGAAAUCUCUUCGGGAAACGCAGUAUUAGACUCUACGUUAAAGGCAAAUCAUUGUGUGGAAGACAGAGUGUCGUUAAAAAUGAACGACAAUUGCCCAGGAGUGGAUAGCAUUGAAGUUGACAAAAUGAAUUUUAAACCGAGACAAGUUUCUAUCGAUUCCGCUUUAGAUUCCGGUAUAGGCGAUAGUUGCAAUAGUGUCGACAGUCGAGAAGGGAAAAAUAAUAAAGAAGAAUUAAAAAGUAGAAGAUUGGAUCAACACUGUUGGCAGCCCAAAGUACGAAAAAGUCUUGCUGUCAGAUUACCAGAAAACUCUUACUAUCAGUUAGCACUUGGAAAGUACAUUUUUCCGGGAGCAGAAGUAUAUUCGGAUCCUGAAGAAUAUGAUCAUUGUUCAGUUUCCAUAAACUCCGAAAGUUCGGACAGUGACAGUGAUUCUUCGUCUGUGGAGGAAGAUGAUGGUGAAGAGGAGGAGGAGGACGAGGAGGAGGAGGAUGACGAGGAGCAGGAACAGAGGGAUGAGGAUGGAGAAGAAGAAGCGGAGGAGGAGGAGAACGAUGACGAGGAGGAUGACGAGGAGGAGGAACAGAGGGAUGAGGAUGCAGGGGAGCAUACGGAGAAGCUAAACGCAACUAUGGAGGUGAAGAGGCAGGAUGAAGUAGAAAAAAAAGAAGCUAUUGACAUGAUGAAGGAA